GUUCCAUCACGUAUGAUGCCCCGUGCGAAGAUGGCAUCUACUCGCUUGUUACUGCUGCAAUUCAUGCUGAUCCUCGGCAUCACAAGUGGACAAAAUGAUUUCCAGCCUGAUGCUUUCGAUGUGGAUCCAACUCGUUACGGAAAUGCCGACUAUGAAUUCCAAAGUGGGCAUAAACUCUACAACAUGGAUGAUUCAUUCUUGCCUGGGUCAGUGGGUGAACGUGCACGUCGCAUACCACCUAUCGUUGAGCCAAUCGAAUAUUUUAUUCGGAUUCAGCCGUAUUUUCCAAAUGAAGUUGUCCCUGUUACAAGAGAAAAUAAUAUGACAUUCGAUGGAAUAUGCACGUUUGUUUUCAAAGUUAUGAAUGCAACAGACAAAGUCACUCUACACUCAUUUUAUCUCACCUACUCGAACAUAAAGCUUCUGAAUGACAACGGUAAAGAGCUGAUCAGCAAUGCGCAUUGGUCAUUCAACGAGACCUUAAAUCAUAUUGUGAGCAUCAUCCAAACGGGCAACAAUCUCAGGGUUGGGAACAAGUAUAUGCUGCAGUUUAAAUACAAUGGUAAAAUACAUAACUACACUGAAACCGGACUCUAUUACACCGCAUAUUUGGAUAAGCCGAAUGGAACGGCUCAUUUCAUGUUAGCCACUCAUAUGGAACCAGCGAGAGCUCGAUGGGUAUUCCCGUGUCUGGACGAACCUGCUUAUAAGGCUUACUUCCAUAUCACCCUGAUUUAUCCGAAAGGUUUGGUCGCUUUGGCGAAUACGAUGGAACGACCGGCAGUACCGUGGCCUGAGGAAGGAUGUACUAUAACGCAAUUCAGCUCAACUAUGACCAGUGCUGUUUUCAGCUGGGAAGUGAUUCAGUUUCCGCCCUCACUCAAAAUGUCCACAUAUCUCGUCGCGUUCGCUAUAGGGCCCUAUGUGAAUGCACAUACGGUUAAUGAGGACGGUACUUUGGUGAGUUCAUGUUAG